GCGCCACUCCACGGAGCUGGACUUCCGGCUCGUGACGUGUUGGCCCGCUGCAGAACCGGAAGCUGGUGGCCGUCCGGCGUAGACGUCAGAUGCAGCUUGAACUGCGAAGAGGAGCGAGUGACCCGUCUCCACCUCAGCGACAAGAUGCUGCGUUGGCUGCUCGGAGUGGCGCUGUGGGCUCGAGCGGCGGCCUUCUACCUGCCGGGUCUGGCCCCCGUGAGCUUCUGCGAGCCUGGAAAAGACCAAGUUCCAGACUGCAAGUCGACCAUUGAGCUCUUUGUGAACAGGUUGGAUUCAGUGGAGUCUGUUCUGCCUUAUGAAUAUACUGCGUUUGACCUUUGCUCAGAGAAAACAUUGAAACGUCCAUCGGAGAAUCUGGGCCAGGUUCUUUUUGGGGAGAGGAUCGAACCCUCACCGUACAAGUUUGAGUUUAAGAAGCCUGCGACGUGUCAGAAGGUCUGCACCAGAACCUACAACACCAACGACCCGUCAGACAAAGUCAAACUGGACUUCCUCAAGAAAGGCAUGUUACUCAACUACCAGCAUCACUGGAUUGUGGAUAACAUGCCAGUCACUUGGUGCUAUGAUGUUGAAGAUGGACAGAAGUUCUGUAAUCCUGGUUUCCCGAUUGGCUGUUUUGUCACAGAAGCCGGUCGACCCAAAGAUGCCUGCGUGGUCAAUUCCAACUUUAAUGAAAAGGAUGCUUUUUACAUCUUUAACCAUGUGGACAUCACCAUCCAUUACCACAUCGUUGAGCACGAACAACUGGGAGCUCGACUGGUCGCGGCCAAGAUUGAACCCAAAAGCUACGAGCACCCCAAUGAAGAUAGCCCCGUUUGUUCCGGGGGGCCGAAGUUCCUGAAAAGCAAACACACCGGCGUGUUUGAGAUCCCGUACACCUACUCUGUCAACUUUGUGGAAGACAAGAAUAUUCGUUGGGCGUCGAGAUGGGACUACAUCCUGGAGUCGAUGCCUCACACCAACAUCCAGUGGUUCAGCAUCAUGAACUCAUUGGUGAUUGUGCUGUUCCUGUCUGGAAUGGUAGCAAUGAUCAUGCUGAGGACUCUGCAUAAAGACAUCGCCAGAUACAAUCAGAUGGACUCUGUGGAGGACGCUCAGGAGGAGUUUGGGUGGAAACUGGUCCACGGAGAUGUUUUCCGACCUCCCAGGAAGGGAAUGCUGCUGUCUGUGUUCCUCGGCUCUGGAACCCAGAUCUUCAUUAUGACCUUCGUCACCCUUUUCUUCGCCUGUCUCGGGUUCCUCUCUCCGGCCAACCGUGGGGCUCUGAUGACAUGUGCGGUUGUUCUCUGGGUUCUUCUGGGAACCCCUGCUGGAUAUGUGGCUGCUCGCCUCUACAAAUCUUUUGGAGGAGAGAAGUGGAAGACCAACGUUCUGCUGACAGCCUUCCUCUGUCCUGGGGUGGUAUUUGCAGAUUUCUUUGUGAUGAACUUGAUCCUGUGGGGCGAAGGGUCUUCGGCAGCCAUGCCAUUCGGGACCCUGGUAGCCAUAUUGGCUCUUUGGUUCUGUAUCUCAGUGCCUCUUACCUUUCUAGGAGCAUACUUUGGCUUCAAGAAGACAGGUAUCGAGCACCCGGUGCGGACCAAUCAGAUUCCUCGUCAGGUUCCAGAGCAGUCCUUCUACACAAAGCCUUUGCCGGGUAUCGUCAUGGGAGGAAUUCUGCCUUUUGGAUGUAUAUUUAUUCAGCUGUUCUUCAUAUUAAACUCCAUCUGGUCCCAUCAGAUGUACUACAUGUUUGGCUUCCUUUUCCUCGUCUUCAUCAUCCUCGUCAUCACCUGCUCCGAGGCCACCAUCCUGCUUUGCUACUUCCACUUGUGUGCCGAGGACUACCACUGGCAGUGGCGCUCCUUCCUCACCAGCGGCUUCACCGCGGUCUACUUCCUGGUCUACGCCAUCCAUUACUUUUUCUCUAAGCUGCAAAUCACUGGACUGGCCAGCACCAUCCUGUACUUCGGAUACACCAUGAUCAUGGCGCUCAUCUUUUUCUUAUUUACAGGUUCAAUCGGCUUCUUCUCCUGCUUCUGGUUCGUUACCAAGAUCUACAGCGUGGUCAAAGUGGACUGAAGGACCCGAACCCUCAGCAGACGAUUGGCUGGAAAUCCCUUUUCUCCCACGAGCCUCUGGAACGUUCAGCUGUCCAUCUGAACUUUACAAUGUGAACCUCCACCUCCUCCUUCCUCCAAGCAGAGAGAACUUCCUCCGGUGUUUGAGCAUGUGACUGGCUCGUUAUUAUGGACACUGAGUAUUUAUCUGCAUAUAAUCUGAUCCAAAAGAUUGUGGAGCAGUUCUCUCUCCUGCGAGGGCUGGCUGGUGAUGUGGUGAUUUUUAUUUUGUUAUUAUAUAUAUAUAUAUAUAUAUAUAU